AUGUUUAAGCUCAGCUAUGUUUUGUUUUCUGUAUCUCUAGGGUAUUUUCUUUUCACUUCCUGGUCAAUGUAUGAGAUAUUUUACCCCAAAAGUUGUAAAGGGUCUGUGGGAUGCCUGCAACCAGCAUGGAAGGCAGACGACUUAUUUAAGAUAAGUUUGGAUUCUGUAAAAGACAGUCACGUCGAAAACUUUGUAAAAACUGAUGUCUUUCGAAUCGGAGACGGAGUCGUGACAAAAUUCAAUUACACAUUUUCAAGAAGUCUGGGCGAUAAAGCAUCCUCACUCGUCCGUUUACAAUUGGUAACAAGUGAUGGUGAGGUUGUUCAGAGUGAAAAAGUAAACUUAGUGACCUACAAGGAACCUACUCGAACUGCUUUGAACCUGUUGACAAAUGAUGGAUCACACGACAGUUCAAGUAAUGAUCAAAGCCAGCUUGUACCGUUUUGGUUAUCCACGUUACGCGUUUAUAUACUCAAUAGUGCUGUAAACUUCAGCCGGUAUAAUAUACCUGCAGAAAUGGCCCGGCGAAUCCGUUUAAGCUCAAAAGGAUAUUUACCAGUGAUAUAUGUUAAUCCAAAUUUUCAAACUUCAACUGAUUGGUUAGAAUUGAAGCAAUUGCCUGAGAAUCAUCAAUUGGAAAUAGUCUUGUCUGCUGAGCCAGCUUCAUUCGGCAGUAUCCGUUUGCGGUGUAUGCUAGAAAAUAUAGCUAACCAGUUGCGCUCCUACGGACUAAACGAAAAGGAUAUAAAUGAUGUACGUGGCAUAUUUCUGGACACGAAUUUCUAUCUUCUGAUAACCACAAUAUUUGUUUCAGUUUUUCAUCUGUUAUUCAACUUCUUGGCUUUCAAAAAUGAUAUUUCAUUUUGGCGACAUGCAGAUAACACAGUCGGUCUGUCGAUGCGAACAGUUGUAUGGAGGUUUUUCAGCUCCCUAAUUAUUUUUCUACACUUAUGGGAGGAGAAAAGCAGUCUGCUGGUCUCUGUUCCAAUGGGAAUAUCUACAAUUAUUGAAUUGUGGAAAUUAGCACGUAUGACAAAGUUGUCGAUUAGUUUUCGUAAAGGUAUCCACUGGGGUGAACGUUCUAAAGCUGAAAAAGCCACUGAUCAACUGGAUGCAGAGUUUAUGCGUUGGCUAAUGUAUAUCAUGAUUCCGCUUUGUGUUGGUGGUUCAAUCUACUCCUUAAUCUAUUUACCACAUCGCAGCUGGUACUCUUGGUGUUUAGAAACCAUGGUUAAUGGUGUAUAUGCUUUUGGUUUAUUGUUGAUGACACCACAACUCUUCCUGAAUUAUCGUUUAAAGUCUGUAGCACAUUUACCAUGGAAGGCGAUGACUUACAAAGCAUUCAAUACAUUUAUCGACGAUUUCUUCGCAUUUAUUAUUGUCAUGCCGACGUCUCAUCGGAUCGCUUGUUUACGUGAUGAUUUGAUAUUUCUAAUCUACCUAUAUCAACGAUGGUUAUAUCCUGUAGACAGAUCACGUGUAAAUGAAUUUGGUCAAGCAGGUGAUGAUGGAGAUGGUCUUUCUACUACCGUCAGUCCUGUUAAGGCUAAGAAAACGCAGUAG